AUGAUCAUGAAGCGCGAAGACAUCAUCCCCCGGGGAAAUAUUCAGAAAGUCCGACGGAAUCUCUUCGGCUCCCCGACCCAAGAAGAUAGAGAUCAGUUCACGAAACUGUACGAAGAACAAAUGGAAAAAGAUAGACAGGAAAUGGAGCGCAAGUACAACUUCUCCUUCAAAUACGAUAUGCCGAUUAUGUCGAUUGACGAAAAAUUCGAGUGGGAGGAAGUCAGCCAAUCUGAAGUUCCAAAAGUCUUCAGACCUUCCGUCCUCUCCGACCGAAAGAACAUCGUCCAGAAUGGUCCUCCCAGUGCUCCAGAAAAGCGAGUUCGCAAAUCGCGCAUGGCUCCUCCUUCGACUACUCCAUCUCGUCGAACCUCGCUCAAGCGUCGAUCAGAAACGCCUGCUUCAAUUGUGCCUGUCCUCAGGGAUGUGCCCGAAGAAGCAGCAGAGCCCGAAGAGCAACAGCCACGCAAGCACAGACGAGUCACCGACGCGAGUGUCAAUCAGACUGGUCGAACUACUGUGCGAGCGAUUCGCAAGCAACGUCGAAUCACGGACAUCUUCGAGCCGAGCCGCCGAAGCACGCGCAUUUCGCCGACCAAGAAGACCUCCACCCGCCUCUCGCCCAAGUCCCUGGCGCUGAAGAAAUUGGACGACAUGAUCAUGAUUUCCUCGCCAGGAACACCGGGCAUGCGCACUCGAGGAUCCACGGCCCGCUCCCUCUCUCUGGUCAAUUCCGGCGCAAGAAGACGCACCCUCGCCUGA